AUGACAUCGCCCACUCGAUCUGGAGCGGUCAGCCUCGAUCGCUCGUCUGCCACAGAUUCGCCAGGACGUCGGCGAUCGUCUUCUCACCAGCAAUCGCGGCCACGUCUGGCGUCAAUGCCGGUCACUUUGUGGGUUCACGAGCCACCCAACUUCUCUUCAAAUGAUGUAGUCAUUCACCCGGACGUCAUCGCCCGCUUUGGGAGCGGAGGGUCGGGUCUGAGCGAAGGAGAGCUGUUGGAGGUGCGAUCUUUGGGAUCUAGAGGGGCAGACAAAACCAUUAGGGGCAAGCGAUUCGUCUUCAAGCCCAUCGACGCUUUGCCAGAUUCUGAAGUCCGCAGCAACACCCUGCAGCUGAGCUUAUCCAAGCCAAUCGCUCAACUGUACGGCCUCCACAACCGCUCCGACGUCCUCUUGUCAAAGGUCUUAAGAGAUCCUCAUACCAUCUCCCACUUGGAGCUCUACUUUAAGGAUCAGUAUGUGGGCAGAGCGGAUAUGUGGAGAUUGGCAAACCAGCUUGAAGAUGCGUGCGUGUAUGUGGGUCAGAAGAUCACGUUGGCGGGCUGCGUGCGCGCUACGGUGGGCAGAAUAUUCAUCAAAGAGAAGAAGGUGAGCCGGUGGUGCGAUGAAGCGGCUGAGCAUGAGCAUCACGCCUGGAUGUGCUUGAAGUGCUGAUGCGAGCGCACCGCCCGCUCGGUGCGUGUAUGCAGGUCACAUCGGGCUACGUCGCACCCCACACCCGGACGAUCUACAGAUCCGAAUCGGCAAAGUAUAAUCUGCUCAUCCAGCUAGCAAGAGAAAUGUGGGAAUUCGACGAGGAUGGAGAGCUCUACUACGAAAAGGCGAUCUCGGGCUUCAUACCAGAAUUGGUGCGAAAGUGGAAGGUGGUGCCCACGAAUCACGUCGUCUCCGUCGUGCUUUUCGCCCGCGUUCACUACGACGCCUCUGAAGUGCAUAUGCUACAAGAUGCCGACCUACCACUGCAAAAGGAAGAGGGAACAAAUGGACGAUGGUACAUUGACUACUACAAGACUAUCGUGGACUUGGAAGGCAAUUGUGAAUGGAACAAAGUGCUGACGGAUCUGAAGGAGGAGUUUUUCAGGUUUCAACAUGACAUACUGUUGCUUAUUAGACCUGUUGCUGGGCCUGCUGGAGCACCCGGAGCGGAGGAUCCUCAGGCCGAUCUCCUACGUCGAGAUCGGGCGCUGCUAGCAGGCAGACUCAGCGCAUCUCACGAAGGAAACAUCCUGGAAGCCGUCAAUCUGGCACUCAAUCCUGCCGACGCUCAUUUCGUCGAUCGGGAUCUGAUGAGGACAGGCUUCGACAUUGUCGUUCUGACGGCUGGUACGGGCCACUUCAAAGUGAGCAAGAGGUUGUUGAGAUUGACGACCGAGAGGAUGAUCGAUAGUGGCACGGGACUGGACCUGGUUUGCUUGACCAAGAUGCCGCUUCAUUCCGUGCCUUUAUUCCACUUCGAGAGCGCUAUUCCUGAUCAGUCUCAAACAUCCUGGCCCAACUCGGUUCCUGCACGCGGUAGAAGGGCUCGCAAGACGCCUUCGCUGGCUCCUUCCAGUGGACCGCCAGACCCGCUCUACUUUGAUCAGCGACAUGCAAGCAUUCACACGCACAGCUUCUCCACUGGCGUUGGACAGCAAGGCGCCGCUUCAACAAGCCAGGCGAGCAUGGACUUCUACAGCAUCCCUCACUGGGUGGACUGCAGCUUCUACAAUUUGCAGCAGGACAAGCCUUUUCGAGCAGACAGAUUCGUGCCCAGGUGCAAAAUGCACGAGGUUCAAAUGAUGGGGAUCAUGGAGAAUGAAAUUAGUGAUAUUUGCUUGCCGUACUUGCAAUUGGGCGGAAAUGGACUUCAGCAGCUGGGCCCGCCUGUAGGGAUGGGCAAUGCAAGAAGAUCGAGCAUGAGUGGUCCCACGAGGAGUGUCAACAGUAGCGGAGCGGUAUCGAGCGCUGAGAGAGUGGGGACCACUGGAUCGUUACUGCCUACGCAAGGUGCUUCCAGCAGCGGUGCGCAACACAGCGAAGGAGCAGUGAGUGCCGAUUUGGCCCACCUACCUUCACGCGAGGUCAAGCGGAUCCUUCGAGAACGUUUUGAUGCGGAAACCAUGAGGGAUUUGGACAUUGCACCGAGCAAGGUCAGAUCUUCCAUGGUGCUCGCCUUCACGUCAAGAGCACCAUCGGGUUUGGCGCCGAUGGGUUCCAGUCCUACAAAAAGUCUUACGCGACAGAGGAGUGGAGAGAUGUUGGGCGUGGGUAAUCCCACAUCUGCGUCGCCGGCCAAUCAAGGGCCUGCGGGACGCGUGGCUCGCGUGGGCAGGGACGCGCGUAGAGGAGCAACACUGCUAGAGGCGCAUGACGAACACCCUGACGAUUCGGCUCACGAAAGAGGUCCACCGAGUCGUAUCGAAGGGCUCGACUCGGAAUCUCCCGGCUCGACUGCAAGCGCGAGAAACUCCAACUCAAUGAACGCUAGUACGGAGAGUCCGGCAAGGUCGACCUACAUGAGUAGAACGACGUCCAGGCCGACUUCUCUUAGGAGUGUGGCUACUUUUAACCGAGCAAUAAGGCCCCUAGAACCUGUCGGCAAAGCACCCGCUUGGGUCGCUCCCUCAGAUCCGGAUCAGAUGCACCUUGAAGACAUGGGACCAGUCACAGCCGCGCAGACUUUGCCUCCCUCCAGAAGCGCGUCCGCAGUGCUUUCCCAGCAGCAAGCGACUAGAAGCAAGUCGAGGUAUCGUCUGCCCACUCAUUGGCUGUGGUCUUCACUUAGAGGUGCUCAGACGGAGCAACGCGACCCUGCAUUCGCAGGAAGCGUGAGAAGCGCUUCAAGACCAGGCUCUUUGUUGUCGACGGAGCAGAAGGACGUGGAGACUUCUGCAAGCGCUUCACGACGAAUCGCGGCUUUGCUAGCUAGCUCGGCCGUCAAAGGCUCGGACCAGGACAGAAAUCCCUCAAAGACCGACGCGGAUGCUGACAAAGACGUGCUGGAAGGGGACAGUUCUUUGGGCGAGGAACACGCGCAAAGCCCGAUUGCUAUCCCUUCUGGACAGCACGGUGCGACGCGCGACGGACACAACACCACUUUGGGCCCUCCACUGACUCGUACAACAUCGACCGGGGCUGACUCGCGGCGAGAGCGAGAGAUGUAUGAGCAAGCUUUGGAGCAAGAGGUAGCGCGAACAAAUUACGCCCAGCAAGCGCAAGUGGAGAAGCAGACACUGGUCAAUCCUUCGAACCCACAAAAGAGCUUAGCUGCGAACAAAUCCUCGACGCAAUUGAUGCGGUGGCAGCAUCUCUUCCCGCGAAGACUCAACAGACAUGCGGUCAAAUGGCGUAGCAUGACGAGUCCUGCAUGCUUGCCCCUGACUACGCUCUAUUUGCCCAGCGAGGUAGAUCUUGCUAAUCAAUGGCUUGAGUAUCCUUAUACGAUGUCCGUGGCGGCAGACACCUCGAGCUUCAUGGUCAAGCAUAACCCGUCGACCUAUCCGGCGCUGGCGGUCCUAAAGGAAAUGUCUUCUCAGAGACUAGCUCAGGGAUUCCAGUUUAUAGUACCUGUCAAUGCAGAGGGACAUGGCAGCAGCGCAGGACGAAGUAUCAAUGCGUCUGGCGGCCGUUCCGCUUCGGCUUCGCUCAGACAACCAUCGGAACUGUUUCAACCUGGCAAUCUAGUCGCGGGAAAUCCGAUCUACCUAGGCAUGCCCAAUCAGAUACAUAGGUUAUCUUACGACAGAUCGAUGAGCGCCAUCCACGUCAAACGCUAUGUCAGAAAGAUUGAGCACGAUGCUUCACCUAUGGAUUACGCAUGUUGUAUUUGGCCACGCGAUGUGCCAUGUUAUCAGACGGUCAAGACUACUUUUCACUAUCCCGACUUUGGAGCUUACAACUGGACCUACUUGGAUCAGAUCAUCGCGGGUCAUGCAGAGGAGGAAAAGUUCAUCGAUGGUCUGAGGUACUGGAGAGCCAGAUUCGUCGUCGUUCCGACUGAAGGCCCGGCUCCUACAAUGAGGGCAGCUUCAGGAGAGCAAUUGGACGAUGAGGAAGUUAGAUUGAUGGGCAUCGAUCGACUAGCUGACCUAUUUGCUCGUGCAAAGUUGAGGACGAUCAACAGAGCUUCAGGAAGGGAAGAGAGGAACUAUUCGAGGUUGAGGUUCAUUCCUACCAGUCUGGAUCCCUCGGCAAGCCUCAAUGAUGAGCAGUUCAUGAGACAAAUGCUGGCUGCUGUAGCUGAAGAUGAUCAGAAUUUGCAAGAGAACGAAGCCAAGAAACAGAGGAACAGCUCCGCAAAUAGCAGCACAUCCAGAUCCAGAAAGAAGAUCUUGGGCAAUAUGGACCUGAGAAGUUUAGCGACAGAGAUGAGGCACGAGACGGAGAAGAAAUUGAUACAUGAUAGGUACUGGCAGGCCAUCCUGUACAAAGACUCCUUCACUGGUGCAGACUUUGUGACGUGGCUCUGUCGUAAUUUCCAGGAUGUGAAAACGAGAGAAGAGGCGAGCAAUGCCGGGAGCAGACUGUUGAGAGAAGGUCUAUUCGAGCAUGUCAACAGAGCGCAUGGAUUCUUGGACGGUCAUUACUUUGUGAGUACAGUCGGUCGAAGUGCGUCUGAAGUCAAAACCUCGCAACUGAUAGUGAUCGACCAACGCAACCCCGUUGCUCAGUAUCGCUUGCGACCAGAGUACACUGCAAGCAAGGGCAGCAAAUGGUUCGCUGGCUCAUCGCGAGAGGGUUCGGAUGAAAGCCAAGGCCUGUCCGCAAGGGACAGUCGAGGAUCAUCAGGCCACUUCAGCAACCUCAGAACCCUUACCUCUGAAAGGGGUCGCCAUCACCGUGAAUCUAGCUCAACGGCUUCCAUUGGUCGACCUGUCAGCCUAGGCCGCAAGCUGGUCAAAUUGAGUCGCACGCACAUCAUUGACUUGGACCCUCAACGCAAGAGUGAUCGGGCAGAAGUGGCCUUCUUGCAUCACGACAUUGCCCACAACCCAGCGAACGGUUUUAAUUGCCAAAUUCACUGGUUGGGUACUACUGCUAGAUUCAUCGAAGAUACUGUUCAGACCUGGACAAGGACGGUGGAACGGUAUGGCCUGAAGCUGAUCGAAGCACCGAUCGGACAAAUUGCCGACGUCUCCUCGCGCAAUCCAUUCCAAGCUCCAGCUCAGAUCUUCCUGGCUUUGCAGCCUCCUCACUCGUCCCUCUACUCUUUCAUGUUACCUCCCUUCUCGCACGCGGAACACUACUUCCAAUGGGCGCUUCUGCGACGCUUCGGCUUUAUUCUGGAUCAAGAAGCCAGCGAUAGAUUUCCCGACGAUGUGGAUUUCGUCUACGAUUCGAGACCUAAGCAUUUCACCUACAGCCAAUUUGUGCAUAGGUCCGGCGUAGCUUUCGUCCAGGUGCUCGGGGGAGCAGAGGGCUUCUUGUGGCUCAACAAUAGGCUCUUCAACUCACACGCGGCUGCUAGCAGCAAUCAGAGCAGAGGUCGGCAAGAAAGGGAUGGACCAGGUAGGAUCGGAUCGAACCGCGAAAACGCUGCAGCGGGCACUGCAAACACGCCCGAUGCCGACUCUGUGAGAAGAGAGUUUGAAGCAUUCUGCGCAGACUCGUUUGCGCUCGAAAUGUUCUACCGAAGCACCAUCGCUCAUCUGAGCGCCGCGGCGGGAGGCAAUAAUCCCCCUUUCUCCGGUUCCCUAGAUUCGCAAAUGGGCGCCAAAGUGGAGGCUUUAGCUCACAGGGGCUCAUCUCAACGAGCACUGGAUACGACUUUAGCUUCUUCCUCUUCUUUGAACAUUCAGAGAGAUGCCAACAGCGCACCGCGUAGCGAAGCAUCAUUCCCGGGCGUUCAGAACGCACACAGUGCUGCAAAUCUCGAGCCCGUACUCGAGGGUCGUUCAUCAUCUCGAACCCGCGCCGACGUGUGA